AUGACGUCGGGAUUAUUUAUAUUCCUUGGGUUGCUCGCGUGCAGCUACGCGAUAAUCGAGUGUCCGGUGCGAUUUGAUCAGAUCCAGGGGAGGGACAGCUGUCUGUACUACUCCUUCCGGUAUCUGCACCAUGCUGAUGCCGUCCGAACCUGCGCCCAACUCGGCGGCUCCCUAUUUGCAAUUCGUUCCGCCCUCGACAAUGCCUAUAUCGGGAAUUCGAUUGGAGACAUCAGCCCGUACAUUGGUGUCGAACGGAACAGCAAUGGGGAUUGGAUCUAUCCGGAUGGGGCGAAUAUUACGUAUCUGAACUGGGGGAACACGGUACUCUCCAACGACACGACGAACAUCUGCUCAAUCAUGAAUGCGACGACUGUCAAAUGGGAUAUGGUUGACUGUACGAGCCGGAGGGCAUUCAUUUGUGAUGUGCCGGCAGAGAAAUUCUAUACCUGCCCAGUUGGUUGGACCCUAUUCUCCCCAACGGCCUCCUGCUAUCAACUUAAGGGCUUCUCCCUGGCCUCAAACGACAAAUGGCUAACGAGCAGCCAAUUCUCGGCCGAACAAAGCUGCCAGGCCACCGGGGCCCACCUUGUGUCGAUCCACUCCGACGCGGAGCUCCAAUUCCUGCAGGACCUAAUCGCGUCGGACGUGACGCAGUUGGGCCACGGUGCACCUAGUGGCGGGCUGCCCGUGUUGGCCGCCGUGAGUACGGGACUGUACGGCACGGGGGCGGUAGGGAAUGGAAAGUGGACUGAUGGGACUGUGGUCGAUUAUGCGCCGGGGCCGUUGAAUGCAAAAAGUCAUGUCUGGGGGAUCCAACGUGACGCUACGCAAGGCUCCGGCUGGACGAUGACCGGCACUGACCAAUGGCCGCGUUACGUCUGCAAGCAACGCGCUUCUAUCGUGGCCCCAGCCAUUAAU